AUGUCCAAUAUGAUUUCCUCGACUUUUGCCCCCAGCCUAUCGCGCCGGGACACCAAAUCCAGCAUCAGUCAUGACCCAUCGGUGGGGUCCAUACCACCCCCGUUAACGAGUGGUAGCGGAUCACUUGGGCCUCAAAGCGCAGCAGCAAUCUAUCAGCAUAUCCACGAUAUGGCCGCUAAGCGGAUCUCUACACUGGGCUAUUUGCGCAAAGCGCACGAAGGUCGCAUCUACUGGUUCAACACAGUCCACUUUUCCCGGACCGAUAUCAAUCGAUUGCCAUACUUCGAGCCUCGUAAACUUGCCCGUCGCGCCAUCAAUUACCUUCUCUUGGGCCUCUCCCUGCCCCCGAUUCUCGAUGUCAGCACAACACCCGUGGAGUUUCUUCGCGCACUCAACACUCUCUUAAUUGAAUUUGAGGCUUUUCAGCAAGUGCAUCCUCCCGACGGCACCUCCUCCUCCACCCUCACUCGCGCCCGUAUCCCUCAGAUGUUCAAGCGUGCCGCCCACGCCGGCACGAAAGCGCGCCGCACCAGCUCGGCCACAGAAAUUGGCCUACCGAUGCAAUCCAGUGACCCGACGGACUUGAAAUCAAUGGCGAGUAACUCCAGCGCGGCGGCUGCGACCGUCUCGUUUCCGCAUACGGAGGCCUCAGAGCUCCUCCCGGGUGAGGAGUACACAUAUCUUCUGACGCCAUUAUUACCCUUUGAACCGGACUAUUUCGAAACAUUCGUUACUCUGUGUGAUAUUCUCAUUGACUGUUACACACGGUUGGUGUCACUGGUCUUCACACCUUCAGUAUGUACUGUCGCAUUGGGAGAAAUGUUUUCCAAGGCGGAUGCCAAGAUAAGGAAGAUUAUGGUGGCGGGGAUUAUACGCGAAUUUGAGGAUGCUAGCCGUCACCAGGCUAAGAGUGAACUCAAUAGCGUUGGUCGCGUGGUCUUGGGUGGGUUGAUGGGUUAA